UAUUAAAAUAUCAAUUUUACCCCUACAAACUCAUAUUCCUCUGUUUUUCCAGUUCAUCAUAAUCUUUCUUAAAAGCCGUUGAACAUUUGCAACCAAAAAAAAAAGGAAAAAUUCCAAUCCCAAAAAUCAAUCAAGUAUUUGCAUGAAGACGAAGAAAAAUGGGUGGGAUUGGCUUGGUUGUUUCUGAUUUCAUAAUAUCCUUCAUGUGGGCUUGGUCAGGGUCUUUGAUUAAGAUCUUUGUUUACGAGGUUUUGGAUUUGGGUCAUGAAUCCAGUGGUGAGAUUAUCAAAUCUGUUCUCUAUAUUAUCAACAUGUUCUUCUUUGCUUUCUUGGGAAAUGUAACCAAAGGUGGUGCUUAUAAUCCCCUUACCAUUUUGUCUUCCGCUCUUUCUGGGGAUUUUAGCCGCUUCAUCUUUACAGUUGGUGCAAGAAUCCCAGCUCAGGUACUUGGAUCUAUUACCGGGGUCAGGCUCAUAAUUCAGACCUUUCCUGAAGUAGGUGUUGGACCACAAUUGAAAGUCGAUAUCCAUAGAGGUGCACUGACAGAAGGGAUCCUGACUUUUGCAAUUGUUAUGAUCUCCCUUGGGCUUUCAAGAAAAAUCCCAGGAAGUUUUUUCAUGAAGACUUGGAUCUCAAGUGUAUGCAAGUUGACUCUUCAGAUACUUGGAUCAAGUGUAACAGGCGGUUGCAUGAACCCGGCCUCUGUGAUGGGGUGGGCUUAUGCUCGUGGGGAUCAUAUAACCAAGGAGCAUGUACUGGUGUACUGGCUUGCCCCAAUAGAGGCAACUCUACUUGCUGUUUGGACAUUCAGGUUGAUGUUUAGGCCACAAAAAGAGGAAAAAGCAAAGGCUAAAUCAGACUGAAGUAAUCGGGCAUCAUAUUGAUCAGAAUGUAGAAAGUGGAAUACGACAGUAUGUGUUAGCAAUGAUGCAUAGGAUAUGUUCAAUCUGACUGGAGCAAUUUACUUCCAACUGUAUAUUAAAUCGGUUAGGUCAAUUGUAUCUGUGGUUAUUAAUUUGAUUCACUCUCUUUCUUUGUCACUCUUGUAUUUUGGAAUUUUCAUUUCUCCAAGAUGAUUGUGAGUAAUGCUUAUAGAAAAUGCAAAAUUGCAAUUUGUGUUA